GGAGCCAUGAAAAUCUUUUUCCUAAUGUUUGCUGCCAUCAUUCUUCUUGCUCACAUUUUCUCAGCCAGAGGAGGACUUCGAAGACAAAUACUCUGUCACAGAAUGGCUAGUCGCUGUGAAGUCAAAUGCCUUUCCUUUGAAGAUAAACUUGGGGGCUGCAGAGCUGAACUAACACCAUUUUGCUGCAAAAAAAAGAAGGAAUAA